CCAGGGGACAGCGGUGAUCAUGAGUGGCUCCACGGAAGCCAGGAUGCAGCAGCUGGGUUCUGUGGAGGAUGAAGAGUGGAUGGUCAGUGGUACCAUGUGUUCUAGAAAAAGCUCCAGACUACGAUCAAAUUCUGGAAUCAAGAGUUUGGCAGGAUGCCUGAGAUACAGCCAAACCCCCUUGGUCCUGCAGCUGCUCUCCUUCCUGUUCUUGGCUGGAUUCCUGCUGAUCAUUCUCAUUCAAGUUCUCCAGCUAGGGCCUUCUCUAGGUCUAGAAAGGUGUCGUCCCUGCCCCUGGGACUGGACGUUCCUCCUAGGAAACUGUUACUUCUUCUCCAAGUCCCAGCGGAACUGGAACAAUGCUGUCAAGGCUUGCCAGGAAGUGGAGGCUCAGCUGGUCAUCAUCGAAAGUGAUGAAGAGCAGACCUUCCUGCAGCAGACCUCUAAGGCUAAAGGACCAACCUGGAUGGGGCUGUCAGACCUGAAGAAGGAAGCCACAUGGCUGUGGGUGGAUGGCUCACCUCUGGCAUCCAGAUUCCAGAAGUAUUGGAAUAGAGGAGAGCCCAACAACGUUGGGAAAGAAGACUGUGUGGAAUUUGCUGGGGAUGGCUGGAAUGACUCCAAAUGUGAACUCCAAAAGUUCUGGAUCUGCAAGAAGUCUGCAACCCCGUGCACUGCCAGCUGAGAGCCAGCUCAUCUCAGCUUCUGCUUCCACGCUGUUCUGACAGUUGGACAGACGUGUCUCAGGCUCAUGCCAGCUCCUCUUCCUGCCUGUUGGCCUUAGUAUGUUGACAGUGCUCUGAGAUUCCUCGUCCUCCUUGUGUCUCCAAGUUUCAUUUCUGUUGCUAUGAUAAAAUGCUCUGACAAAAAGCACCUCAAGGAAGAAAAGGGCAUAUUUUGCCUCACAUUCCAGCUGACAGUCCAUCACCGGACAUCACAGGACAGUCAGGAUGGCAGAAGCCUGAGACAACUGGUCACGUCACAUCAACAGUCAGGAACAGACAGAAAUGCAUGCCUGUAUGCUCACUCCCUCGCUUGCUGGUGCUUAGCUCAAUUUCUCCACUCAUACAGUUUAGGACGCCUGCAUAGGGAAUGGUGCCAUCCAUGGUGGGCUGGAUAUUCCCACAUCUGUUCAUUAAGAGAGUCCCCCACACACAUGCUCACAGGCCAACCCAAUGUAGGAAGUCCCUCAUUGACACUCUUUUCCUAGGUGACUCUAGGUUAUGUCAGAUUAACA